CACACGGGCACGCGCGCGCGCGCACAAAGGGAUAGAAAAUUGGUGGCAGUCGUCGUUUGUCGGAAACGCGUCAAGGACAUCGCAGCACUCCUGAGGAUCGUGCACGCGGGGAGGGCCGCCGCUGCCGUUUUCUUCUCGGAUCUGCGGUCGAGGGACGCUCGGUUGAUGCGGCCUCCCCGGUCGUGGAGAACCGUACGAGCUCACAAGCCCCCGACAACUAUUCCUACAGGAAGCAGAAAGGCUGCAAGACAACAGGGGUCUACCGCAUGACCGAUAAAUCAAGACACGGCGUGCAGCAGAAGUUAUUAUUCGAGGACGCGCCCCCCCCCCCCCCCCCCCACGAGCCGUUAUUAUGCUUGGUCGUUCGGAAGACUCCGACUCCCAAAGGAGACGUUAACGUCACUGGAAGUGGUUUUGAUAUUGAAGCGAGCGGGACCCGCUGUGCGAGGGUUAUUCCACAUCGCGCCGCCAUCGCCAACAUCCAUUACGGGAAAACGAGUGGAGGGAUAAAGCAGGUCUUGCAAAAAUAAUAAUACGCCACUACAUUUUCCACAUUUCUAAUUUAUCAUUCUCGGUUGAAUGCUGGCAAAUGUAAACUCGCGUUUUGCAUUAGCCUCCAGCAAGUAUUUACUUACAACCAAAAUAAUUUUCUUUUUUGUAACAAACGUCGCUGCCGAGCUUUGAUAAAGCGAAUACUUAGCAACGGAGGCGGCGACACAGAUUUCGAGCUCCGUAACCGCUAAAAAAAAUUCAGAAGAGAGAAAAAAAUAAUCCGGAAAAAUUGGCCUAGUGCAUCUGGCGUUUGGUGAGCGAGGCAGGAACGAACAGGACUGCCAAUUAUUUUUUUUUGCUAAAAUAGCGCCAAAACUUUGGACAGAAGAGCCCAAAAGUGCCCCCAUUUUCCAUAUUUGAGCCCCAAAAAAGCCACGCGAUUUUUUAAAAGCAGUUUUUUUUUCUCAAACACAUUUCAGAAUAGCUUAACGAAAAAUACAACACCGUCCAAUUGCGCACAAAAUCGCCCAAUCUGGCAGUCCUGGGAAGAACGACAUCAUGCCGGCCGGCGUGGGCUUAGAGCAGAGGCUCGCUAGGCCAACCAGGCCCGCCAGACCCUGCCCGGCCUCCCCAGGGGCCCCCCUGCACUGCAUGCGCAUUCUGAGCAAAGGACCCGAGUACCUACGGCUGCACUUCGAGGGGUCACAGCGCGGCAGGGUAAGCGUGCGCGAGCGUCUGGAGGCCGAUCGUGCCAAGUACGUGAAGCCGCGCUGCGACGGGGAGCCGAGCCCGCCCCAGGGCGGUGGCGGCGGCGGCGCCUGUGACGGACACCGAGAGGAUGACGACGACGACGAUGAAGACGAGGUGGACGCGGCGAACGGCACCGCAAACGGAGGGGGCCAGAACCUGAACCUCGAGGUGCUCAACAACGCCAUCAACGACCUGCAGAGAUCGCCGUGCGCCGACAGAGGCGAGGGCGGCCACUGUGAAGGGGGCGGCCGGGUCGGGCCGGAGCCCUCUGCCCCACCGUGCUGGCCAGAGGCUUCGGAAAAACCCCAAGGGGUCGACUCCAACGGGAACGAUGGCUCCGUCUUCAAGGCCGGCCACGUCAAGUUCCUGCGAAGGUUCUUCCAAGGCAUGGGCAGCACCAAGGAGCAAUCCCUGGGACUUCUCCUGCCGUCCGGCGGCCAGCCGAUGAAAAGCUCGCCCGAGCACAGGCCCCGAGGCAAAGCGGAGAACGAGGAACCUAAAGUGGCCUUGCCAGAAUUCCAGCAGCAGCAGCAGCAGCAUCUUUGUUCCCAAAAUCCAAGCAGCCAUCACCGACACCACCAUCACCACCAGCGGGGUCUCGCAGGGGAGCCCGGCGUGCUGGCGAGCACCAACGGCACCGACGUUCCCCGCGAGCCGAAGGCGCGCUCGUCCGAGACGACGGACGUGGUCGGAUCGCGGCGGAGGCCCACGCGGCCCAUGUCGCUGCCCGAGUCGGCGUUCGUGUGCCGCUCGGGACCGACGCUCGCCUGCAGCUCGUCCCCUCCUCCCGCGCUCCUCUCCGCGUCGUGUACAGCGCCGGUGGUCGCCGGGCGCGGAGCCGACACGGCCGCCGCCUUCUUCGACGGCUGCGGGGUGGAACCCCCCCCGACCGCGUGCCUGGAGCGCGCUCGCUCCGCGCACUUUGAAGCGACGGCGGCGGACCUGAUGGCGACGGAGAGCGAGGAGGGGCGCGGGGAGCGCCACGAGGAGGGGCGCGCUUGCAGCAGCGCGCAGUGGGACGAUCCCGACUUCGACGGGCUGUCGGCGCGGCGCAGCAGCGCGGGACCCGGGGAGGGUCCCGACGCCGAUCCAGACCUCGCCGAUCACUCGCCCUCCAUGGUGUCGGUCAUCGAACGCAACGCGCGAAUCAUCAAGUGGCUCUACAGCUGCCGGCAAGCGUUGGCGGGCCAAGAGAGGCAGCCCCGGAAUUGAUCGCGGGAAUGUACAAGACUGCAUUUUUGAGUCGUGUCUCAAUCUCGACCGUCUGUUUAGAUUUCAGACCGUGGAACGGUUGGUGAGAAUUGACAGCCCGUUAAUCAAUCCGCUGCUGGAUGAACUACACCCGACUUUGUUCUUGUGGUCAUGGGAGUUGUGCAACUUUCUUGACCAAGGUCAGUGCGAGAUUUUUGAAGGGCACGGGACCGGUUUAGAGAUGACAUCACUGAUGUUAGCAGCGGUGGGGAAUCGAACUCAGGUGGACGGACUUGUAGCGCAGGGCGCUUGCCGCUGUACCAUUGCUUCACCCCAGGCAUAUGUCGUAGACAAUUUAUUAACUUAAUUAACAAAGGCUGUACUUGAAGGACUUUUUAAAAAUGUUUUUUUACUUUUUAUUCGUAUUCUGUUUUGUUUUUUAUUAAUACCUUGCCUCGUUCUCUCUGGUUUAGAGUAACUUGGCCUAAAAGCCCUGCCCCCUCGUCACCAUCGUACAGUGACAGCGGUUCGGUGGUUGCUGGUGGAUGGGCGUUUACCAUCAAGUUAACUUGAAUCAGAUUAAAGCUUAAAAGCAAGCAUUUUUUGUUGCUUAAUCCGUACUGCCAAACCUUCUGUAAAUUCCAAGCAUUUAUUCCGUGUCGGUAAUCGUGCAACUAACUGCAGCAGCCAAGUGAACGAAAUCGUAAAAUCCUGCGUCAAGAGAAACGAGUUGACUCGACCCAGCGUCGGCGAUUGCCCCAUCGAGCGCGAUAAGCCACGCAGAUGUGACGAGAGAAUGGGCCGUGGUCAUUCCGCAGGAGUUUGGAUCGAAAGGAGGGAGUGAGGAACCACGAUUGUCCCUUGGCAGAUCAUGAUUAAACCGUACCGGGGUUGACCGUGAAUCAUCCCAGUGAAGAUAAUCGCAGCAGAUGAACAAGCAACGCAAAGCGAACCACGUGGAGCGAACGCAAAUGUAACUCCCCUGUGCUCGCGGUUGUUUUUCACGAUGCACAACACGCUGCACUUAACAGCGGGGAUUUGUCCCACAAAGUAACAAACCGGAUAAUUGGGGUGGAGGAAAUUGAAGUGGGCUUUUCAUGUUUGUGGCUUCAGCGAAAGCUUGACUCUGCCUGCUCGGCAGGCAAUCCUAUCUCAUCAGCGGUGGUCAAUCAUUAUUCUCUGCUAAACCCCCUCAUUUCCAGCAACUCCAUCCUUUCACUCUCCCUUUGCUUCCCCUCGCCCUCCGUAACAGAAACUCGCCGUACACCCACGCCCGCAGCUCCCCAGAGUUGAACGACCACUUCGCGAGCCUCUCCUUGACAGCACGGCGCAAUUGGACCACGACAUUGAAAAAAUAAUAUUUAGUUUUAAAGCGGUUUUUUUUUCCUCCCUCUUUCUUUUUUUUUACCGUAAGAUUACACCCGUGCAAGGGUGCACAUUCCGCUAACUUCUGCCAAGGACGGCUUGCAGCUCCGCGCAACCGAAAGACCGCCGUUGUCCCUGGAAAUAAUGCCGCUCUUCGGAAGACAACGCGCACGUCAGUCGGGCAACUCUACGCCUGACCCCCGAAUCCAGAACGACAGAAUAUUUAUGACCAGGCGAGAGCCCAUUGCGGCUUAACGUCGACCUUUACAAGGGGGACCCGGCUUACAAAGUAGAUAAAAGCAACAAACUCGAUUGCUUCUAAAGCUGACUGUCGAUGUAAUCAUCAUCUUCCAUCAGAAGCCCCUGGUCAACGCACCACUGGAUGAAGGCCUGCCCGGACUGCCGCCAAUCCCUUCAAGAUCCCGCGAUGUAAUAGGAGCCCUGUCAACCACCCGUCAACCGAUUCGUGUGCCGAUAGUUUAAAACAUGAGCGCACCCGUGACCGUGACCUGCGAUAUCUAAACCGAUUGGUUGCAGCGGUGUUAUUUUUUUUACGGUGGCUUUUCCCUUGUGCUCCAGUGCAGAACCGAGCACGCCAGUUCAGUUCAGACGCACACGCCCGAUCGGCUAAUGAACGUAAAUACCAACUGCACAGCAUCACCGCGGGUGAGAUUAAAGGGGCCCCCCUUAUUAUUAUUAUUAAGAGACGAGGUUCAACACUUUGACGGUGCGAGCGACACACCCAAACGAGCGACAUGAAAGAAGUCCUUAAGCCGCGGCAACACGACACCCACUUUUCUGGAUUGAAAAGUCACAAGGAGGGGGACUCGAUCCAGCCGCACGGCAUUUGAGGCUCUGGAAUUUUAUUUCGUCUUGCCUGUCGGUGCUGGGUUCUCGGGCCAGUCUGUGACACGCACAAGCCUGAUUACCUUACGCGAGAUAGAGGUUUGACAUGUGUGUGUGUAUGUGUCACUGUGUCAGUGUGUGUGUGUCAGUGUGUGUGGGGAGCGGUGGUGUAGCGGUUAGCGCGCUGCGCUACGAAUCCGGCGACCCGGGUUCGAUUCCCGCUCACGGCCAACACCAGUGGCGAUUAUCUGAACCGGUCAUGGGCCUCGCCUAGGUCGACUCAGCCUCAAAUAAGUACCUGGUGUGAUGUAUAAAAAUCGCCACUGGGGAGACAAAGGCGGCCGGGCGUGGUGCUGGCCCACCCAUCUCCUCGUGUGCUGUGCCGGCCUUUCAUAGGUGCUCGCUAACAGCACAUGCCCCUACAGUCUGUUCAGGCUAUACGGGGGAUAUUUUGUCUUUGUGUGUGUGAAGGUCGGUGGCAUGGUGCACUACAGAACAUUCCUAAAAGCAGAGUGCCAAGGUUUUUAAUGUUUUAAAUACAGUAACCGGAGCGACGAUAAGGAUAAUGGCCAAAUGACUGAGCGACAAAGUCCACGGAUUAUAUUUUUUUGCGAAUGGGCCGAGCGAGUACGUUUAAACGCGUCGGUUCCAUGGACUUUAUUUUGAACCUGCUGAGAGCCCCAUUGGCAGGCGAGCGUCACAACUGAUGCAUGGGGGGGCGACAACAUCUUAAGAGUUUACUUUGAUGAAAGAUAAAAUAAAGGCAUUUGUACAAAUGGCCAAACAUUCCACGGGCGUUUGUGAAUAAAUAAUCAAGCAAUCGUUAACAUCGUGAUGGCCAACCCUGUUGUAGGAUUUUUGAGGUCAGUAACGAAACAUUAUUCUGCAGCCGUUUAAAAGUAUAUCGGGCGCUUUUUUUAAUUGCAAGAUUUCCAAAGGGAUUCCUCAUCUCUUGAUACAGACGAUGACAAAACAGACCCCCCCCCACCCCCCUGUCAAAAAAUUAUUAAAUUGCUUACAAGCGAACGAAAGAAAAAGAGACAGUUUCUCUGCAUUUUAAGGAAACGUCCCAUCCAUAACAAUGGUUAAUAAACUCAGAGCGAGCGUGCGAAAAGAUGAUGAGGUUUUUCAUCGGUUCUCUUUCGUCGGUCUCUGGAGGGGAGAUGAGUGUUCAUCGUUUUGGGACUGCGAGAGUAUUGUUAGAACGUGCGCACAUAUAAAUAACUCGUGGUGUCAAAUUGUUUCGAAUGUGUCAUCGGGCUUUUCAACACGCACAAUCGAGAAUUAAAAUGUGAUAUCGCAGUUAAACGCAGAUGUAGCCCAAGGUGCGUGUCGCACACGUCCGCAUACAGGCUGUCUUUUUUUGUCCCCAUCGACAAACAAAAAUACCAAUAAUGUGCUUGUUUUGGACUUGCACCACUUGCAGUAUAGCCAUUGCUCAUUUAUGUCAUGCAGGGCUAGAAAACUAUGCGCUGAGCUGGCUACGCCAAAUGUUUCCUCUCUUUGCCACGCGUACUUGCAGAGAGGAAAUAUAAUAGUUUACGGAUUGCGGAUGGCUCGAAUAUAAAUGUACGGUCUGCAAAAAUUGAAGACCAAAUGCGUUUCUGAAUAAAAACAAAAAAAAAGAUGACCCAACAACAUUUACACGAGAACUUUGGGCUUGCACGAUGGAUUGAGUUGAGCCACUCUUUGAUGAACAUGACUCCUAUAGUACGAGAUGAACAAACCCUACCACUAACCACAAACAGAUACGCUAGGCUGACAGAGAACAAAUAGGCAUUUUACGAAGGGUUGAAAAAUGCUCUCAGAGCACUGGUUUCCAAUCCCCGUGGGUAGGACCGUUGGGGGGUCGUUGGUGGAAAUCGUCGCAGAUGUUUUUGGACAACCUAAGACGAGCGCGUGUACCAUGCGGGAGAGUAAACUGGAGCGCAUGUGGAGGUCGCGUGGAUUGUGCAGCGCUCCUAACCCCGUACAGAUGUAAAGAGAUGGAGAUUAGUCCACUCGCUUCUAACCGCCUUCUCCUAGCAAGCCAAGGGUAUGGCGACCACGACAUCUCACGGCAUUUGUGUGAUCCACCAACGCUUUCCUCCACAGCGCUGGAUUACAGCCGCCAACGCCUGGCGGAUACGAUCCUCUUCACAAAACUCAUCGAAAUGAGUUUGACUGUCCCCGCAGCCAUAUUAAAAAAAAAAACGAGAAUAAAAAAAAAUACUCCGCGGAACUUGAAAACGUGCUUACGAGUGAGACGCGCCGUAAUGUUUGUGCCGUGGAGGGCCCCGUGUGCAUUGAUUCCAUGGCACGGUUGUCCAUUGUCUGUGUUGCUCGAUGUUAUAGUUUUGUGAAACGUGACCCAUUGACCUCUCCGCCACCCCGCCCCACCACCCACCCACCAGUCGUUCUCAGUGUUGCAGUUUCUUACCCCGACGGUUCAUCGUAAUGUCACACGGGCACCCCAAGUGUUUCACUCGUUGUGUGUGUGUGUGUGUCUGGAGGAGUGUGGCCGGUUGACGCUUGUGGUCGUUACUCGCGGUCGAGUUGCGCUACAAAGUAACCGAGCACCUAGCGGAAGGGGAGCGGGGGAACUGGGCACGCGUCUUGACGAACAACGGAAUAACGAGACUUUUUUUUAAUAACACCCGCCGCUCCGCCAUCGCGUCUGUAACUUUGUGCGUUAACUUAUGUGGACACUCGUUAGCGACGACCGCGUUCGUUUUCACUCCGUCUUUUUGGUUUGAUGUUGUACAAAUUAACGUAUUUUUAUAGUUGGAAUCGCCAUGGCGGCGUUUAUUAAACGCGUCUGAUGACUUUUUUUUUCUUCUUCAGAUUUAACGGCGAACUUUUGACACAUACUUAGAUUUUUUUAACGUACAAUUUACGUGUGCUGUAGAUGCGUGUAACGCCUCCGCGGUGGUUUUACAUUUUGAUGAAAAGGGACCAGUCGCCCAAUUUUUUAUAUUGUCCUGCUGUUUCGAUCGUCGUUACUUCUACAGCCUACACGCAUCUCCGACUUAAAAACAAAAAAACUUGCACUAUAUUGUAAAAUAAAAAUCUGAAAAUGCCAUUCCCACACCACAGGCAAAAUAUAUGAGCGUGAGCGCACACCAGCACGCGUAGCCUACGUAUCUUUUGAAACGCAUCACUGCUAAGGCCGGUGUCGUGGUGGUCUUAUCAACCACAGAAACCCGAAGCUUCAUUGGGCCCCUUGAGGGCGAUUUGGGGUCACAUUAUAUACUAAGGUGGUCAGGAGAGGGCAGUUUCAUCUAACUGGUUUCUUAACGGCGGGGUGGGGGGGGGGACGACCCAAAACAUCCAAACAAAUGUGUGUGCAUUAGGAAAUCCAUUACACUCAAAACAUUCCGAUUUAAUGCCUUCGCAUGUCACCAUGUGGCCAAUCAGUCAAAUAUCUCAUCAUUUACACCAUCGGUACCUCAUUUGCCAGUCAAAAAUAUGAUAAUUGUUUUUUUUACCCUUUUAUCUGGCAACAAAACCAAAAAAAAAGGUGUCAGUUUUGUUGCCAGAUAAAAGGGUAAAAAACCAAUUAUCAUAUCUCAUCAUUAUUUACCUGCCAGCAAAGCGAGCAGAUUGGCGACCUAUUCCUAUCGAGUCUAAGUAUUAUCUGCACACUCGCAUAGGAUGUCUCUGGGUCCUCUAAUUUCACCCGACAUGCAAGAAAUACGUAAAUAACGGGGAAUGGCCCAAAUAUCCCAAGGUGGGAUACUUGAGCAAUUGACCUGAAAAUGUAUCAUCGGUACCACCUACGGUGGCAAAUGCUAACAAUGAUUUUCUUGAAGUAUUUCAACGAUCGAUCACACAUUUACAUGAUAGCACGUUGAUCGUGGUAGCUUUUUUAAUAUAUAAGAACCAUGUCAUUAAUGGAGUACGGGAGAAUAUAAUUUUGGAGGGGGGGGGGGACCCGAUUGUGAUAUUGAACCUCUAUGGAAUAUUACAAUAAAUAGGGACUGUAUGUGUAUGUAUAACACGGAUCUUAUAUAUAUACGUCACGCGUUCUGCCUAGGGGGGGGGGGGGGGGGGCAUUGCCCACUGGCAGCAUUUGUCACCCCACGUGGUACCCUUGGCUUAUGGGAUAAUAAUACCUUUCGACCCGGUGAGGGGUUUUUUUUCCCCAUUGGAUGUAUGGGAAUGUAUUAUCAUAAUCACCUCCCAUAUCAUGAGAGCAUCUCCAUUGAAAAUGUCCGAGUUGGAAGUAUUUGUUUUAACAACAAUGAAGGAAUAUCUAUAGCUUUAGUGAAAGAUUGUGUGUAUGUGUGUACAAAAUACGCGUGUGCCCAUUCCCACAACAAUAUAUAGUACGUGAUUUUUAAGGAUCUCGAGUUAUCAAAUCGAAUGGCGAGCCGUCAUUAAAAACGACAGCGCUCCCUCCGUUCGACGUAUCGUGCCAAUGCCAAUUUAUUUAUUACCAGGAACCGCGAAGCUUACUUUGUUGUUGUUGUUAUUAAUAUAUCAGGAACAAAUGUCUGCGAUAUAGAAGCGUAGAUUACAGUCUGUUUUCGUUGCUGUUGCACUCACAUUCGACAAGCUCGGGCUCCAACGCCGUUUGCUCGCUUGCUGCACGGCCGGAUAAACAAUUAUCGAUUAUCGAACGGGGUGGGGGUGGGGGGCAAUCUUCCAGCGAUAUGGCAGCAGCGCCUGCGCACGUGGAAAUGCGAAGGGGGACGGGGGUAGGUGACUGAUGACAGAGUGGCUAAUAUGCAGACCACGUGUUAUUUGUGUUGUGUGUAAACAGCUGUGCAUCGUGAUGCUGGGGCUCACGCGGUAAUUGUUAUUGUUGUUGUCUCUUGCUGCAAUUCAUUAUGUCUGGGGUGAUUAUUCCGUCCUUAAUGCCAUGAAAGCAAGAGUCUGCUUCAUAAUUGAUCAGUUUGGGGUGAGUCUGAUGCUAAUAUUGUGUCGUGCGCGCCUCCUCCACCCGACACAGCCAAAUAAAUAAAGUUGUCACGUGAUGAACAAAUUCGCCAAUUCUAUCAUUGCUUCAGCACGCCGCGACGUUGGGAAGGGCGAUCCGCGCAACAUUUAACAAUCUGGAGACUUAGCAGUUGGGAAUAAACUGUGGCCAGACACGUAAGCACAUCACAUCACACACAGAGAGUGCGCAAGCAGCAACGGCAGCUUGUGGCCUGCUUGGUUGACGGUGACGAGGAUAACGUCUCGUUGGAGAGUCGAGGUUCACGGUUGUGUCCGAAUGUGCGAUGUCCGUCUUAGCGCCCGUUUGUAAAAAUCCACUGAACUUUUUUUUUCAGUCGCCGUCAAAAUCUCAAUGGAACGCGACCUCGCUCGUGUCAUCCUUGGCACGCACAAAAAAAACCCUUCGCAAUUUAUUGUAGUAGGGUUUUACCCUUAAAACUAGUACAA